UGCACUUGGUACUGGGGGAACAUUUCUUGGAGGAAAACAGAACGCAUUCUGAUGGAUCGUCCCCCUGGAACAUUUCUUAUUCGCGACUCUGCUAGUGACCGGUACAUCUUUACCGUUUCAUACAGAACUGCAGAUUCUGUUUUACAUACACGACUUCCUCGGCACGGUGAAUAUUUCUGUCUAGGAGGCCCGAAUGCACUGGUAAAAGCCCAUUCUCUUGUAACAUUUGUCGAGGAUUCUAUACAAAAGUGCAAGGAGCGUGGUGUUUGCUUAUUAAUGCACAAGAAGGACAUUCGAACAGGAACUGAAAAGCUGGCUUUAUUGAAACCUUUGAAAAGGCAUGAAGUCCUUCCAUCUCUUAAAUAUUUAUCUCGUAUUGUAAUAAGACAUAGCUUUUCGACAGAGACCAUUUCUGCGUUGCCUAUUCCAGGUUCUAUUAAACAGUACAUACUGAGUACAAAAUAUUUAGUCCCUAACUAA